GGUGAAUUAAAAUAUUCUGAGAUGGAUGUGAUUGGAUAGAAGGAAACAAAAAAAGCAGAGGAGGAAGAUUAAAGAGGAGAAAAAAAAAGAGAAUUAUUCCGUCAAACAUUGGUGUUGUUUGAUCGUAAGGGGGAAGAGCUAUGGUCCGUUGAAAAGAACUAAAAAGUUAAAACAAAAAAUUUGGUUCUGGUUUUUAUUUUUCGAGUUUUGUUGUCAUCUCCAUAAUGCCGUCUGAUGUGAUGGAACAGGGAGGUGUAUCAACACCUUCUCACUUUCGUGAAGAUAUACAUCUUACUUCAGAGAGGCAGUUUGGGUUUCUGAAAACAGAUACGAUGCUCGAAAACCAAGGUGGCCAUUUGCCAAAGAGUUUCUUGACACCUGAAAGUUAUCAGCUGAAGCCACAAUCUAGCUUGUCUGGGGUGCACCCUUCUGCUAGUCCUAACGCAAGAAACACUACAAGUGAUAGUCAGUGGGAAAGCAGUUUGUUUUCCAGCUCACUCUCUGAUUUAUUUACUAGAAAACUGCGCCUACAGGGAGGUGAUAUGCUAUCUCCUAUGUCUGGAAACACAGCUGUUACCCACCGUGAGGAAGAACCUUCUGCAACUUUAGAAGAAAUUGAGGCGCAAACUAUUGGUAAUCUUCUGCCAGAUGAAGAUGAUCUCUUUGCAGAAGUGAUGGGUGAGGUUGGGAUUAAGUCUCGUGCCAAUGGAGAUGAUCUGGAUGAUUUUGACCUCUUCAGCAGUGUUGGUGGCAUGGAACUAGACGGAGAUGUUUUUUCUUCCGUGGGCCACAGGAACGGCCAGAGAGGCAGUAAUAACUCUGCUGGCGAACAUCGUCGAGGGGAAAUUCCAUCCAGAACAAUUUUGGCCGGAAAUAUCAGUAGCAAUGUCGAAGACUAUGAGCUGAAGGUCCUUUUUGAGCAAUUUGGAGACAUCCAGGCUUUUCAUACAGCUAGCAAGAAUCGUGGCUUUAUCAUGGUAUCGUUCUAUGAUAUAAGGGCUGCUCAAAAUGCAGCGAGGGCGCUCCACAAUAAGCUAUUAAGAGGAACGAAGCUUGAUAUUCGUUAUUCUAUCCCUACGGAAAAUCCUUCAGAAAAAGACGCCAGUAAAGGAGCCAUAUUAAUUAAUAAUCUUGAUUCUUCUAUUUCAAAUGAAGAGCUCAAUCGAAUGGUCAAAUCAUAUGGAGAAAUCAAAGAGAUUCGUAGAAGCAUGCAUGAUAACCCACAGAUAUACAUAGAGUUUUUUGACAUUCGAUCUGCAGAGGCUGCUCUUAGUGGACUAAAUGGACUCGAGGUUGCUGGGAAGCAGCUUAAACUUGCGCCAGCCUGUCCAGAGGGUAGAAGAUACAUGCAAGAUGCUGAAGGGUGUCUACCUAAAUCGUCUUUUACCAAUACAUCAUCUGUGAACAUGGGGAGACAUUUCCCAGGAUUAAUAUCCUCAACUUCCAUUGAUGGUGGAUCUAUGCGGGUUAAUCCUAAUUCUGUUGGAUCACCUGUGAACUCCUUCAUUGAACGUCAUCGGAGCGUCAGCAUUCCUAUUGGAUUUCAACCUUCGGCAAACGUCAUGUCAGCCAGCAAGCCUGUCGGAAUUCAGGAGCAUGGCCAUUCUUUUGAUAAUACAAAUAUGGGGAUCCAGAGCAUGCCAAAUCUUCAGCCUCAUUCUUUUUCGGAGUAUCUCGACAACUUUUCGAAUGGUAGUCCAUAUAAAUCCUCGACUGCAAAUGAAGGCUUUAUGUUACAUAAUGUUCGUGGAGUAGAUGGCUUUAAUGGAGGGGGCGUAGGAUCUCCCAUGAAUCAAAGCUCCCGCCGCCCUAACCCUAACCUAUGGAGCAACUCUAACAAUCAGCAACAUAAUCCGUCAAGUGGCAUGAUGUGGCCUAACUCGCCGUCUCACAUCAACAGCAUUCCUACUCAGCGCCCACCUGUUACUGUAUUCUCUAGAGCACCUCCUGUUAUGGUGAAUAUGGCAUCUUCUCCUGUGCACCACCACAUUGGAUCUGCGCCGGUAUUAAACUCGCCUUUCUGGGAUAGAAGACAAGCCUAUGUAGCUGAAUCUCUAGAAUCGCCUGGCUUCCACAUAGGUUCUCAUGGUAGCAUGGGUUUUCCUGGCUCACCCUCACAUCCAAUGGAAAUUGGCUCUCAUAAGUCCUUUUCCCAUGUUGUUGGGAAUCGCAUGGAUAUAAAUUCCCAAAACGCUGUACUGCGAUCUCCUCAACAGUUAUCCCAUCUCUUCCCUGGGAGGAGCCCAAUGGGUUCAAUGCCAGGCUCAUAUGACUCGCCGAAUGAACGAUACAGGAACCUGUCUCACCGUAGAAGCGAGUCUAGCUCUAGUAACGCUGACAAGAAACUCUAUGAGCUUGAUGUUGACCGUAUAUUACGUGGGGAUGAUAGCAGGACAACGUUGAUGGUUAAAAACAUUCCUAAUAAGUACACUUCUAAGAUGCUUCUAUCUGCCAUUGACGAGCACUGUAAAGGAACAUAUGAUUUUCUGUAUUUGCCAAUUGACUUCAAGAACAAAUGCAAUGUGGGAUAUGCUUUCAUCAACCUGACCGAACCUGAAAAGAUUGUCCCGUUUUACAAGGCGUUUAAUGGCAAAAAGUGGGAGAAGUUUAACAGCGAGAAGGUGGCAACACUUACAUAUGCUCGAAUCCAAGGAAAAGUAGCUCUUAUUGCCCAUUUUCAGAAUUCAAGCUUAAUGAACGAAGACAAACGUUGCCGACCUAUUCUUUUCCAUACCGAUGGUCCAAAUGCUGGUGAUCAGGAACCGUUUCCAAUGGGCACCAACAUACGAUCAAGACCAGGAAAGCCAAGAAGCAGUAGCACUGAUAACUACAACAGCUUUAGCACCGCUUCCAUUUCAGAUAACCGAGAAGAACCUCCUAAUGGAACAGAGAACUAA